AACUUCAGUCAGUGAUGAACUGAGAGUUUGCGCGGUUGUCAUUACUAUUUUUCAUUCAUUCAAUAAGCUUUGUUUGUACCUGUUCUAAUCACGACAAACACUUUUUUUUCUCGGUUCAGUGUGAUUUUAGCGGCGGUUGUGAUAAAUUAUCAAAGACAAAAAAAAUUGAAUUAUGUGACGUGAACAAUAAAUUGAUGCUCAGGCUCACCGAAUUUAAACUUUCAACAGCAACAACAAACGCACGCAAUAAAAAUGCUUCAAAACAUUCACAAGUCAAUUGAAUGUUUGUAAAUAGAAAUUGCUACUAUUUUGAUAUAAGACGGUAACACUUGAGCGUAUACACAUAGAGAAUGAACGAUAAGGACACGAACUUUGAUCUGGUUUUGGAUGAAAUAGGAGAAUUCGGCCGUUAUCAGCAAACCAAUUUUCUGUUGCUCUCUUUACCUGUAAUUUUUGCUGCUGCAAACAGUUUGUCGUAUGUGUUCACAGCUGGCAGUCCCAACUAUAGAUGUUUAGUGCCAGAAUGCGAAAAUGUAGAGAAACCCGUUUACGAUGAACCUUGGGUUCAUCAUGCUGUUCCCGGUACUACGGUUAGUGGAAUUUUUCAGCCCGAACAAUGUCUGCGUUUUGCUAUCGGAACAACAUCGAACGGUUCAAGCAAUGAAUGUCCUGCCGAGUGGUUUUCGGAUGAACAAGUCAGGUGCAACGAAUGGGUGUUCGAUCCCAACGAACGCACAAUUGUCAAUGACUGGAAAAUUACAUGCUCGGAGAAUUUGUGGCGGUUAGCGCUAAUCGGAACGUUGCACUUCUCUGGUAUUGUCGUGGGAUCAGGCCUGUUCGGCUUCUUGGCUGAUAAAUAUGGUCGACGUUUGAUUUUCAUAUUUUGCAUUUUAUUUAUGUCCGUGACUGGCAUUGGUCAGGCGUUGUCCAAAGACUACAUCACAUUUUCAGUGUUUGCAUUUUUCAACGCGGUGGGAACGUCGGGAGUGUAUCCCUUAGCUUUUAUUAUUGGUGUCGAGAUGGUUGGUGCCCGAAAGCGGGAAAUGUCGGGAGUUGUUUUGAAUUAUUUUUAUGCCGUUGGAGAAGCGAUGGUCGGUGCUAUAGCAUGGUUAUGCACUGAUUGGGUCACCGUACAGUAUGCCGUUGCGGCACCACCAUUGAUAUUCGCUCUUUACUAUUGGAUCAUUCCGGAAUCGAUUCGAUGGCUUCUGGCGCGAGGAGAAACAGCAAAGGCAGCUAAAAUCAUUAAAAAGGCAGCCAAAGUUAAUGGCAUCACCCUGUCGGAUAGUAUUGUAAAGAACUUUUCACUGCAUGUUCCAUCGAACGCAAAUGGUCACGUGAAUGAUGAAUGCAAGGGUAUUGAUACAGUGGAGUUGGAGAAGCAGAAGUUGAAAUACGAGGUGUGGAACAAUGUGAAGCAGAUGCUUAGAUCGAGAAAGAUGAUUCUGCGGUGCGUGUUUCUGUUCUACAUUUGGGCAACGAAUGCCUUCGUUUUCUACGGACUCUCAUUAAAUUCACAAAAUUUGAGCGGCAACAAAUAUCUCAAUUUCAUUUUGGUGUGUCUGAUCGAAAUUCCCGGAUUAACGUUGGCUUGGAUAGCUAUGAACAAAUUAGGACGUCGUUUCUCGUUAUCAGGCUCGUUGCUGAUAUGUGGCAUAACUUGCGUCUGUGGUGCAUUCGUAACAGCAGUUGAAAAAGACUUGCAUUGGCUGCUAAUUCUACUGUUCCUUACUGGAAAAAUGGGAAUCACUGCGUCGUUUACAAUCGUCUAUGUUCAUACUGCAGAGAUGUUGCCGACGAUUAUUCGAAGUGGUGGCGUUGGUACAAUGUCAACUGUGGCAAGAGUCGGGGCACUUUUGGCUCCAUUUGUGCCGCUUCUGGAUUCGUUCUAUAAACCUCUGCCAUUGCUACUGUUUGGAUCAGUUUCGUUUGUCGGUGGAAUUUUGGCCAUAUUAUUGCCUGAAACGUUGGGCGAAAAAUUACCAGACACGGUGGAGGAGGCAGAACGAUUGGGUGAGAAACGAGAUGAUAAUAUUGCGAUGAUUGGAGUAAGCAGUGUGGCAAGUUGAUGAAUCACCGAAUUUAGAUUUUUUUUUAUUAAAUUGUGUGCUCAAUGGUGCUAGUAAUUUUGUACAAUCUCUUACGGUGUGUUCGUUUUAAUCAAUCUUCUAGAGUAUACUUGAAACAGAUUUUCCUUUUUUUAUGUGCUUGUGAUUGAUAACCGAAUAGAAAUACACAUUUUUUAAUAACAGA